AUGGUGAUUUACGAGGAUCCUCAGUAUCCUGAAGGUUUCAUAUUUCCUGCAAGGCGGCUGGAACACGCCAAAGAGAUUCCUCGCACACUUCGUGACUAUAGUGACCGUCGUAAUGGUAACGAUUACCGGCCUCAAAUAGGAUUCACUCGUGAUGUUCCCGGACGGGCAAGUCUAGAUGAUUCUGCUCAUCGAUUCAUUCAACGUGAGGGAGGUUAUGGAGAUGACCGUGGUUACAGAGGACGAGGAAACUCGUACAAUGGUGGUGGAGGAUACAGAGGUGGUUAUAAUGAUCAAGGUGGCUAUGGAAAUCGUAAUGGAGUUUCUAGCUACAAUCAAAGUCCGAACUAUGGUGGUGGUGGUGGUGGUGGUGGUGGUGGAAGAGGCUAUGAUCGAGGAGGUUACAGUAGUAGCGACCGAGGUUAUCCAGCAAAUAGGAGGGGAUACCCUAAUACCGGCUACGACAAUCAAGGUGCGAGACCAUACGCGCUCAGAGGUCGCGGAGCUUACAAUGCACGCGGUAGUUAUCGAGAAUGGCGCUAG